CUUAUUAGUAGGCCUAGAAAAUACUCUAAGUCAGUUAAAUAGAAGACAAGGCUUUACAAGACAAUACAAGGCAAUCUCACACAAAAAACAUAAAUACUUGAACACAAUGCACAAGAACUUCCAAACUCUGCAAAACACUAAUCCAUCCAGCAUGAAGAAGGCCAAUCCCAAGGAAAAGUUAUUUCCCAUUCGCCUUGGCUUUUAUAGGAACCCCAGCGAGUAUGCCGAUCGCACGACCAGCGAUCGCGAAUAUGGGUUGAAAAGUUCCAAGGGAUCUGGAACGCCAUAUCCGCAAAAAGCGAAGAAAUUAGAUACGGCGGCACUAACGGCCAAGUUGGAGACGGAUAGUCUGCUCCGAUCUGAAUUAAGCGACUUAUCGAUUGUCAUCUCCGAUAGAAAGGUGUCCUCAGAACCACAAAUGGCAUCCAUAACUACAACCGAACCAACGUUUGAGAUGAGACGAAAGCUAUUUGACGAGGGCGAGUUCACCAUCUGCAAGGGUCGCAAAUUGAGCCAGGACUUCCAUCAUGUAGUCGAAGAUGAAAACCGUGCAGUUCACACAACGCUGAAUGCCAGGGAUAACAUUCCCUAUAGCAAUUUCAUGGAUCUGAAGAAUUUCUGCGACCAGAACAACAUUAAAUUUUCCAAGGGUUUCGACGGUUAGCGUUCAA